AUUAUGACAGGCGUUAUAAAAUGAAAAUAAAUUAAAGAUAAACGAAGAAAAUAAAUCUAAAAUAUAUAUGAAUAUUGACUUUGAUUCUACCAUAUGUCAAUAAUCACUUCCAGCUGGGAUAAACAGAUCUUUGUGUCGUACACUUUUAUUCCGAACACCACAAAGACUAAAAGUUAUGAUUGCAGGUUUGAUAUUGCUUAUUGUCGUGAGCAGUGUCAACACUCAGUCAUGUACGUACGAUGAAUUGACAUUGGACGAUGGUGGUACACAUACGGACAGAUCAGCAUGUAAAGAAAUCACAUGUUCUGGCGGGGAAACGUCGGAAAAAUUCAUAGGGUGUUUAAUUGAAGGUGUAUGUUUACCGUUUGGCGAAUAUAAGAAUGAUAUUGAGACGUGCAAGAAAACAACAUGCAUUCAGAAAGGAAACGGAUAUACAUUUACUACAACAUUAUAUGGUUGUACAGAUAGCAACAAUGUUUGUCAUCCUGGUGGAACAACGUGGGAAUGGAAUACUUGUUUUACUAUUGGUUGCAGGGUAACAAGUGAACACACGGCAGAGGAAUAUCUUUUAAAAGCAGGUUGCCUCUACAAUGGAAAAUGUAUGGAUAUCGGUCAACCUUUUAAGAGCAGCAAGUCUGACUGUCUCACGUAUGAAUGCACGGAGACAAACAAAACAUAUGGAUUAAAAUUAGUUGACGAAAAAUGUAAAAUAAAUGGAACCUGUUAUGAUCUUGGACAAGAAUUUGAAGUUGAUUGUUUUAAGUAUAAGUGUUCAAAAGUCGAUGGAAACCAUACAGCAGAACUUGUAGAUUCAGGUUGCAGUGUAGAUGGUCAAUGUAAGCCAUCGGGUCAAAUAUGGAUCGAGGAAUGUACAAAAUAUACAUGCGAUAAAGGAACCACGGACGUUUUGGAACAGCAAUGCAAAAGCCUGGAUAAAUGUUAUACUGAAGGAGAGUCUUGGACAGAGGGUGACUAUAAGUACACAUGUUCUAUAAAUGAAACACAUUCUAAAAUUGCUGGAGUGAAAUUGUCUUCUCCAUUGACAACAGGAGUAUGUAAGCAUAAUGGUAUAGACAGGAAGGUCGGUGAAAUAUGGGAGGAAAACUGCUUUACUAUGACAUGUUAUCAAAACAAUAGUAAGGCAUUGCCCGAUGGGUGCCAAGUUCAGAGUGAGAGUUGUAUGCCUGUCGGGAAAACGAAAUAUUCAGUUGCAAUAACAGACAUCAAGUGUAAUUAUCAAAAUGGCGGAACAGACGAAUGUGUUGAAGAUGGUUGGAAAACAAAAGAAGGAUGUGCCAUUAAAACUUGUACAGUGGAUAAAGACAGCAACAGUUGGAAAUUUGAGUCGAGUUUACAAUGUCGAUGGAAAGAUGAUUGUGUACCAGAAGGAGAAAUAAGGGUGGUUAAAUCGUGUAUGCAAUAUCAAUGUGAAAUCUUUAAGAAGAAUGGGAAGGACACUUCACAGAUGAAGAAAAAAGGAAAAAUAGGCUGCAGUAUAAAAGGCGGUGAACUGUUAAAGAUAGAUAAUUCGGAGAACAAAAAUCUAAACGACUGCGUUGGAGAGGGAAGCUACUUUAAGAUACACAAAAGGAAGAAAUGCGCAGUUUUUAAGUGCAAUUUGAAGGGAAAAAAUAAAUGGCAGACAGAGAAAUUGAAAACUUAUGAGAUUUCUGAUCUCCAGUCUUUUAUAAAUGGGGACAUUAAUUGCUAA